AUGAGGAAAGACAUGAGGAAUCCCAUGAGGAAGGAAAUGAAAAGGGACAUGAGGAAAGACAUGAGGAAUCCCAUGAGGAAGGAAAUGAAAAGGGACAUGAGGAAAGACAUGAGGAAUCCCAUGAGGAAGGACAUGAGGAAGGACAUGAGGAAGGACAUGAGGAAGGACAUGAGAAUGGACAUGAGGAAGGACAUGAGGAAGGACAUGAGGAAGGACAUGAGAAUGGACAUGAGGAAGGACAUGAGGAAGGACAUGAGGAAGGACAUGAGGAAGGACAUGAGGAAUCCCGUGAGAAAGGAAAUGAAAAAGGACAUGAGGAAAUACAUGAGGAAGUACAUGAGGAAAGACAUGAGGAAUCCCAUGAGGAAAAACAUGAGGAAGGACAUGAGGAAAGACAUGAGGAAGGACAUGAGGAAUCCCGUGAGGAAGGAAAUGAAAAAGGACAUGAGGAAAUACAUGAGGAAUGCCACGAGGAAGGGCAUUAGGAAGGACAUGAUGAAGGGCAUGAGGAAGGACAUGAGGAAUUCCAUGAGGAAGGACAUGAGGAAGGAUACGAGGAAGGAUACGAGGAAGACCAGGAAUCACAUGAGGAACAACAUGAGGAAGACCAUGAGGAAGGAAAGAGGAAGGAGAAAAGACAGGAGGGAGGACAUGAGGGAGGACAUGAGGAAGGACAUGAGGGAGGACAUGAGGGAGGACAUGAGGAAGGACAUGAGGAAUCCCAUGAGGAAGGACAUGAGGAAGAACAUGAGAAAGGACACAAGGAAGGCCAUUUGGAAGGACAUGAGGAAUCCCAUGAGGAACAACAUGAGGAAGGACAUGAGAAAUGCCACAAGGAAGGCCAUUAGGAAGAACAGGAGGACAAACAUGAGGAAGGACAUGAGGUGUUUUGUAAUCUAA